AUGGGUGCUUUACUCUCCUCCACUUCUAGCACGAUUAUAGCAAUUAUCCUAGUAUUUUUCACAACAAACACCACUUCCACAAUAAACCUCCCACAAUGCAAAAACCAAAACCUCCCCUGGCCCAUAGUCAUAAAAUUCUCGUUUUUACCACUAGGACCCACCGGAAGACCCAAUAUACCGCCAGCACCCGUGGGGUACGGAUUACAGAUGUAUUUGGGUGGUGAGAGGUUUACGCCUAGGAUUGAAGUCCUAGAAUCACCAGAGAUCAAAGUCUCCGAAGUCCGUUUGAAGUGUAAUAUCACCAACCCAAAGGAUUGUGGGUUAGACGCUUCGUAUGAUAUAAACACCGAGAUACUGGCGGGUGGAGUGUAUAGUUCUCAUAAACUCCAAGAGAAAGAAGGAGUUUCAAAUACCUCGACCAUUUCCACCUCCAAUGACAACAGCGAUAACAACGACUUUCCAACAACAGAAACCCUCUCCCUCGGCGGUAGGAACAUUCAAAACUUCACUUUUCAAGCGAAUAAAAACCAAUUAUCACCCAAAACCCGGGGAGUCGGUAGUUUGGUGUCGUCGUAUAUAGGACUCGGUGUCGGAUCUAAACUACUAGAAAGGUUGUUAGAUGAUGGAAUGAUUCUUACUAGAGCUUGGUCUUUUUUUCCGGGUUGGGUGGGGACGGAGAGACAGAUUGGGAUGAUUAAACAUGGGGUUUUGGUUAUUGGUGGGUAUGAUGCCGGGUUGAUUGGGAAUAAUUCUAGAUUCGUGGAGUUUCCUAUGAACGUCUCCUCCUCGUCGUCUUCAUCAUCAUCAUCAUCAUCAUCGUCGGAUUCUAUAAAAGAAACAAACUGUCCCUUCCCAAUAGAAAUCUCACAAAUAAACUGGCUAGGACAAAAAGCCAUAAACGCCACCAUCGAAGGUAGAAAACCGUUCAAAGCCUGUAUCAACCCCGGAAGUACUCAAUUCGAAUUUCCAUACUACAUCUGGGAGAAAAUGAUGAAUUCUAGUUACGAUGCCGGAGUGGGCGGGUACCCCAGUUUUGAGGAGAUACCGGAUAGAAUGGAUAAAGGACUUGUUAGGAAUGUUAAUCCGAUAUUACCGGUUGAUCAGGAUGGAUUGGAUUAUUUUGGAUUUCAGGAGGUUGUGGAUUGGGGGGUUACUAAUACUGGUACCACCGACCUCUCAAUGACAAUCCACCUCUCCAACGGUCUCCGCCUCACAAUCCCCUCCACCCAAAUCUUCCAACGUCGUCGCUACUUCUCCCCUCAAAACAUAAUAGAAACCUGGGGUAUAGAAAACGGCACCAUAGACUACGACUACAGAACCGCCAUAAUAACCUACCCUCCCAAAUCCUCCAGUUCUUCACAAAUCCCAACCUUCGGAAUUCCCUUUUUAACAUCAGCAUACUUCAUGGCAAACUACGAUACUCUAAAAUUCGGGUUAGCUCCUAUAAAUACUUCUUCUAGUAUGUUAGUACGACAGGAGAAUCGGUUGAUAAGGAGGUUUUUACCCGUGGAGUGUUUACCGCCUUCUCAGAAGGUACAAAGGGCAUUGGAAGCGAGGGUUAUAGCACCGGCUGUGAUCGGUGCUUUUACUAUCUUUUGUGUUGGGGUUUUGGUGAGCGUGUAUAGAGCUCAAAGGAGGUAUAAUAGAUCUAUAAAAUCUAUAUUUUCGAAAAGAUGGAGUUUUGAUGGUAGUGCACGUGGUGGUGGUGGUGAGAAGGGGAUGGGGGGGCAAAAUGAGGGGAUACAGGAGAUGGAUGCUACGAAACCGUUUGAACAUGAACUUGAUAGUAGGUGUGUUUAUGAGUUACCGGUUAAUCAUAGAGGGAGGGUGGAGAUGGGGGGUGGGAGGUCGGUGAAGUCGAAGAAGUCGUUUUAUGAGUUACCGUGA